AUUGAAGUAAAACAUGUUAUCUUAAAAUAUAGUAUUUCUUUUUAUAUAGAGCGUGCUCUUGGAAACAAUUUUAAAUUGCACAUCAAACACAAUAUCAUUAACGAACAAAAAUUUAAAUCGUUAAUAUCUGCCUCACCUGCUAUAUAUAGAUCUGUAUAUGAGCUUUUUGAAAUUCUUGUUGCUUUGUUUAUAGGUAAAUAUAAUAAUAAAAUGGCAACGGAGAAGGAUUUGAUUAAUGCAGUCAGAGAAUCACUUAAAGCUGAUGGGGAACUUGGUCGUAUAAAAGCUGAAAUGCGUACAGAAGUCAUAAAGUUGUUAGAUAAUUCAAAUAAAGGAAAUAAAACAAAGCUUCCAAAGCCACCUUUAGACAUUGUAUUUUUGAAUGAACUUAUUCGAGAAUAUUUAGAUUGGAUGGGAUAUAAGUACAGCUCUACUGUAUUUAUUUCAGAAUGCGACUUGUCAAAGCAACCUCUUGAUAGAUUUUUGCUUUUGCAAAGUUUGGGGCUGAAAGAAAGAGGUGCAACAUCGUCAAAUCUUUUGUGAGGCACAUCUCGUAAAGGACUACCAAAACGUUGAUUGGAUGGUCCAGGAUACCUGCUGACAAAAAAUUCACAAAAAAUGUUCAUAUUUUUUUUCAAUUACCUCAAAAAGUUAUUUAUAAGUCAUACAUUUGAUUUAAAAA